AUGCAUUCAUUCUCGUUCCAAUUGUCACAUGGUAUAGAGCAGGUUCCCUCGUGGGAACUGUUCCUAGGGCCCACCGUAAGAUUUUUUUUUUCCUGCCCGGAGCGCACUCCGCCCCUGCCCGAGUCGCGCUCCCCUCCCCUCGCUUCCCUUAGCGGCCCCGUCGCGCCGCGCUUCCGGCCCCGGCGCCGCCUCUGCUGGCCCCGGCGCCCCCCUGUCGCGACCCCGCGGCCCCACCCUCGCGUCGCCCUGCGCGGCGUCGUUACAGCCGCCCGCGACCCCGACGCCGCCCGUCUCGACCCCGUCGCCCUUCGCGCCGCCCGCGACCUCGUCGCCGCGGCCGCCUGCGACCCUACCGCUGCAGCCGCCCGCGACCCUGUCGCCGCAGCCGCCCGCGACCCUGCCGUCGCCGCCGCCCGCGACCCUGCGGUCGCAGCCGCCCGCGACCCUACCGUCGCCGCCGCCCGCGACCCUGCAGUCGCAGCCGCCUGCGACCUCGUCGCCGCGGCCGCCUGCCCUCCCGUCGCCGCAGCCGCGCGCGACUCCUGUGGUCGCAGCCGCCCGCGACCCCCCGUCGCCCCACCCGUGCGACCCCACCGCCGCCCUUUGCGGCCCCUUCGCCAUCCCUUCGCGGCCCCGCCGAGCAGCCGCGCCGCCGAGACGCCGCCGCCGCCGAGCCGCCGAGCUGCCGAGCCGUCGAGCCGCCGAGCCGCCGAGCUGUCGUUGCCGCCGAGUUGCCGAGCCGUCGAGCCGCCACUGCCGCCGUGCUGCCGAGCCGCCGAGACGCCGGUGCCGACGAGCUGCCGAGCCGCUGAGCCGCCGAGCCGCCGUUCCUGCCGUCCCGGCCCUGUUCCUGCCGACGCGCCUCGGUCCUUCUCGCCUGCCCGUGUCCUCACUUUUGACGCUGAGGGUCGGGCCAUUGACUUUGACGUCUGGGUAGAUGACCUGCAGCUUUUCCUACUGAGCGACAGAGCAGACGGCCUCUCCCUUUUUGACCUCACCUCUGGUGCCUCUCCUGCCCCUGCUGCUGAUGCUGACCCCACUGUUCGCUCCCAGUGGGCCACACGCGAUGCUGCUGCCCGCCUUGCUGUGCGCCGCCACUUGCCGACCUCUGAGCGUGCGCACUUUAGCCAGUACAAGAGUGCUAAGACCUUGUACGACGCUGUAGUUGCGCGCUACUCUUCCCCUGCCACUGCUGCGCUUAGCCGCCUUAUCCUACCGUACCUCUUCCCUGACCUCGCCGCUUUUCCCACUGUCGCUGACCUCAUUACGCACCUUCGCACUAGUGACACUCGCUACCGCGCUGCGCUUCCUGCUGAGGACCACUUCCUCUCUGUUUGCCCCACCACCCUCACCGUUGACCUCCUCGAGGAGCGCCUGCUCGCGGCAGAGAAGAGCAUAGUCGCAGUAGGUGCCUCUCGUGGUGACCCUCGUACCCCUAUCUUUGAGGGGUGCUCCCCCUCUCCCCUCUUGCCCUCUGUUGCCUCUGCUGCUGCGGCCGACCUCGUUGGUCUUGAGUCGGUCGUUGCGGCGUCUGCCCCUAGCGGGAGACGCCGCCCUGGCAAGGGCAAGGGGGGCAAGGGUGCUGGAGGGGCUGGAGGGGGCGGUGGAGGCGGAGGUGGAGGUGGUGGAGGGGGUGGGGGUGGCGGUGGGGGUGGUGGCGGGGGUGGGGGCGUCGGUGGCGGGACUGGAGGUGGAGGUGGAGGCGGCGGUGGCGGUGGGAGCGGAGGUGGCGGAGGUGGCGGUAGUGGAGGAGGUAGCGGCGGAGGCGGCGGAGCUGGUCGGGGUGGCGCUGCGCAGAGGGGUGGCUCCGGUGGUGGUGCGCGCCAGCAGCAGCAGCAGCAGCGUACCCGUGAGACCCCUUCCCCCCAGCAGCUUCGUGAGUGGUACGCUGCUCGUCAGCGGGGUGGGGGUGCUGGCCCCUGCACCUACGUUCUCCGUACCGGCGACCGGGCGGGUGAGCAGUGUGGAGGCCCGCACCCCACCCAGCGCUGCUUCGGUCGGCUGACAGACGCGUGGCGCCACCAGUUCCCCGACGCUACGGAGAUCCCUCGCUGGGGCGAGCUGUCUAGGGCGGGUGUUGCAAUCUAUGAUCUUGACUUUGAUGCUAUUCUUGCUGCCAUGUAUGCUGUGACUAUUAGUGAUGAGGGUGACUGUUACCGGUGUUUCCCGCCUGACCCAGGCAUAGAGGCUGCUGCGCUAGGUACUUGUGAGGCUGCUGCUCUAGGUGCCAGUGCGUCUGCUGCCCCAGGUGCCGGUGAGUUUGCGCUCUCAGGUGCUGCGUCGCCCCCGGACACCCACACCUUCACCCUUGACUCGGGUGCUUCCCGCUCCUUCUUUCGAGACUGCACCACUCUCACACCGCUCAGUCGGCCUGUUGCGGUCUCCCUAGCGGACCCCUCUGGGGGUCCUGUCCUUGCUCACUACUCCACUGUCCUACCGUGUCCAGCGGUCCCGUCUGGCUCCCUGUCGGGUCUCUACCUCCCCUCGUUCUCUACGAACUUGGUGGCGGGUGCUGACCUCCAGGAUGCAGGAGUUGACCAGUUCACCCCUGCGCGUCAGCGGGUGACCCACUGCACUUGUGCGGACACGGGCCGCCACUUGGCCACGUUUGCUCGUCGGCCAGGGUCGAGCCUGUACACACUGACUACUGAGUCUUCCCCAGUCACUGAGUCUGCUCAGGUAGCCGCGUCGGGUCAGGUGUUUGCUGCGGCGUCCAGGUCUGGUCCUGAGUCUGCCCCCUGCUCGUGUCGUCUCCUGUCUCACCGGACUCUCCUCUGGCACCACCGUCUUGGUCACCCCUCCCUGCCUCGCCUUCGAGGCAUGGCUUCCCGUCUUCUUGUUUCUGGUCUCCCCCGGUCCCUCCCUCCUCUUCCUCCGGGGCCUGCCCCCACCUGCGUUCCCUGCGUCGAGGGGCGGCAGCGCGCUGCUCCUCACUCCUCCGAGUUUCCUCCGACAGAGGCUCCGCUGCAGACGCUUCACAUGGACGUGUGGGGCCCAGCCCGCGUCCGUGGGCAGGGUCAGGAGCGCUACUUCCUGCUGGUGGUUGACGACUACUCGCGUUACACCGCAGUCUUCCCCUUGCGCAGCAAGGGUGACGUCACUGAGGUGUUGAUCGCCUGGAUCCGCGCGGCUCGUCUCCAGCUCCAGGAGAGUUUCGGCUCCGACUUUCCUGUUCGGCGUCUGCACUCCGACCGAGGCGGAGAGUUCUCCUCUGACCUUCUGCAGACCUUCUGUCGCACACGAGGCAUCCGCCAGACCUUCACGCUUCCGGACUCUCCGCAGCAGAAUGGGAUUGCUGAGCGCCGCAUCGGCAUGGUCAUGGACGUCGCUCGUACGUCCAUGAUCCAUGCGGCUGCUCCCCAUUUUCUGUGGCCGUUUGCGGUUCGGUACGCGGCGCAUCAGCUCAACCUUCACCCCCGGGUCUCCAUGCCGGAGACCUCCCCUGCUUUGCUGUGGACGGGGAAGGUUGGUGAUGCGUCGCGUUUUCGGGUCUGGGGAUCUAGGGCGUUUGUCCGCGACUUGUCUGCGGACAAGCUGUCCUCUCGUGCUGUUCCCUGCGUCUUCCUUGGCUUUCCCCCUGACGCGCCAGGCUGGCAGUUCUACCACCCCACCUCGCGCCGUGUCUUCGCGUCCCAGGACGUCACCUUUGACGAGUCGGUUCCCUACUACCGUCUCUUCCCCUACCGCACUGCGUCCCUCCCUCCCCCGCCGCUCUUCCUUACACCAGGCCCCCCUCCGGUAGACCCCCUCCCCCCUCAGGGUCCUGCUCCCUCAGGUGUGUCCCAGGUAGAUGCAGUUGAGCCAGUCGAGGUAGCUGUUGACUCUGGUACUGCUGGUGGUGCUGAGCCUGGGGGUGCUGGGUCUGGGGGUGCUGCGACUGGGGGUGCUGGGUCUGGGGGUGCUGCGACUGGGGGUGCUGAGCCUGGGGGUGCUGAGCCUGGGGGUGCUGAGCCUGGGGGUACUGCGCCUGGGGGUGCUGCGCCUGGGGGUGCUGCGCCUGGGGGUGCUGAGCCUGGGGGUGCUGAGUCUCGGAGUGCGGAGCCUGAGAGUGCUGGACCUGCUCGUCCGGCGUCUGGUGGUGCUGAGCCUGGCGGUUCCUCCGGUGCUUCGUCCCGGCGGGAGCUGCUCUCUCCACAGGAGCUGCGUGAGUGGUUCGCCCGGCGCUGGCGACGUGCUGCUGGAGCUGGUGGUGCUGCAGGAGCUGGGGGUUCUACUGCUGCUGAGAGUGCUGGUGCCGAGGGUCCCAGAGGUGCUCGUACCGAGUGUACUGGAGCUGCUGACCCUACGAGUGCUCCUCCUGCUGGAGCUGGUGGUGCUGCUGGUGUUGCUGGCGCUGGAGCUGCUGGUGCUGCUGGAGCUGCUGGUGCUGCUGGUGCUGCUGGUGCUGCUGGUGCUGCUGGUGCUACUGGCGUUGGUGCUGCUGGAGCUCCUGGAGCUGGAGCUGCUGCGUCUUCGGGUGGUCCGGCUGGAGCUGGAGCUACUGGGGGUGUUGGCGCUGGGGGUGCUCCUGGCGCUGGUGCUGCUGGGGGUGCUGGAGUUGGAGCUGCUGGAGUUGCGGGUCUUCCUGGUGCUGGUGCUCCCGCUGGGGGCGCUGGUGCUGUUCCUGCUGGCACUGGUGGAGCUGCGCGGCCGCGGCCGUACUUCGUUCCGCUCCUUGAGCAGGUUCUUGGUCUUCCGUCCUCUCUUGGUCCUGCUCCUGCCUUAGAGUGUCCGCCUCCUGUCCAGUCUGAGUCACAGUUACAGCCACCUUCCCCGCUUCCUUCUCCUUCUCCCUACACUGGUCCUACUGGAGGUCUUGCUGAGCGUCGUGAGCCUGCGUCUCGCCCUGCGUCGCCUGUCCGUGCUGCUCGCACUAGUGGUCGUGGUUCGCGUCAGCGUCCUCCCCCUGUCCCCGGCACGCACCGGAUGUCUCUGCGUCCUUCCACUGCUCCGCUGCGUGCCCCUUUGCCCUCUCCUCCAGCGUCCUCUCUUCCUGAGCUUCCUGACCCGGAGUCGGACUCCCUUCGUGCUGCGCGUCCUACUGUCACGCGUCUCCUUGCUACUGUCGUCACUGACCCUUCCUUUGAGUCUACUGCUGCGUCUGCCCUAGUUGCUGAGCUUGUCGACUUCGCUGCUCGCUGUCGCCUAGACUACGCUACCAGUCUCGUCGCUGAGUCUGAGUCUGUCUGUCCUCCGUCCGUCGGGGGUGAGUGUGCUCUUGGCACGGACGUCCUUGAGGACAGACAGGAGGAGUUCCAGUGUCUUGCUGCUGCUUUGCCCCGUCUCGUGUCCUUGCUAGUUGCCCCUGAGGGAGACCCGGAUGCACCAGACAUCCCGACCCCACGCACUUACGCUGAGGCGAUGGCGGGUCCCUACUCCUCUCAGUGGCAGACGGCCAUGGACGCCGAGAUGGCUUCCUGGAAGUCCACACGCACCUACGUCGACGAGGUUCCCCCUCCUGGGGCGAACAUCGUCAGUGGCAUGUGGAUUUUCAGGGUGAAGCGACCGCCGGGUUCUCCGCCUGUCUUCAAGGCGCGUUACGUGGCUCGAGGCUUCAGUCAGCGAGAGGGAGUUGACUUCUUCCAGACCUUCUCCCCCACCCCGAAGAUGACCACUCUUCGGGUGCUGCUGCACAUAGCCGCUCACCGCGACUACGAGCUUCACUCACUUGACUUCAGCACUGCUUUCUUGCAGGGCAGCCUGCACGAGGAGAUCUGGCUGCGCCGCCCACCUGGCUUCACUGGGUCGUUUCCUCCUGGUACCCAGUGGAGGCUUCAGCGGCCGGUCUACGGUCUCCGCCAGGCUCCGCGUGAGUGGCACGACACACUGAGGACUACACUUGCGGCUCUUGGGUUCGCGCCUUCUACAGCUGACCCGUCGCUGUUCCUGCGCACCGACACUUCGCUGCCGCCGUUCUACAUCCUCGUACCUGGGUGA